AUGUCGUCGAGCUUUACUGAUCCGAUCGAUAGCCAAAGUGAAUCAGAAAAUAAUUUUAUUACGAGCUACAUGAUGGAAGUUGAAGAUGACGCUCCUUUGGCUACCGAAGCACAAGGCGAUCAAGAAUUAAUGCAACCAUACCAAGACGAACCAAUUGCUGACACUGAAUGGGUAGAAAACUAUUACGAAGAAAGGCGCAAUCAAGACGAUAGGCUUCGAGUACUUAGAGGCCGGCUCGAAGGACGUGUAUCUGUUGAAGGCUGGUGUGGAUGUGGGAAUUGUAAAACCGACUUGUUGCAAAACGAAAAAGAGAGUAAAUGUUGCCAAGAAGUAGAAGGCUGUGGCGAGGCACUCAGCAGUGAUAUUAUCAUGCAAGAAAUGAGUGCGGUCCCUAAAUGCAUCACACUUCAUCCUGGCUUUAGCGAUGUGUGUUUAUCUAUUUGGUCAUUGCGCUUAGCUGGGCCAAAGUUUAGAAGAAUCGACAGACAAAAGUAUAAAAUGGGUAGCGACGAAAACAGAUAUCUUCGAAGUGUUGCAUACAGACAAUAUAUACAACUUGUUUAUGGCUACUUAGGAAAAAGACGAAUACCACUGCCUGCAUGUGCCUAUCAUCCACUCCUUGCUCCAGCUACCAAUAAGAAAUUGUCAAAACAUCCAACAUUACUACCUGGUGAGAAGAUUUUGCUGCAGCAAGAUGCAAUAUGUGUUGAAACAUAUCUCUCUCCUGUGGAAGGAACGUUGCAUCUUACAACAUUUAGAGUUAUAUUCAGUGGUUCAUCACCGGAUGUAGAAGACGAGGCCAUUGGUGGUGACCACCAUACAUCCCUUGUAUCCAAGAAAAAUAGCAGUCAGUUUGGGAAAAAGAAAGGGUUUUCAGAUACACUUGAGAGGUUUAGAGAAAAAGCACAGCAUUUCCAAAAGAACUUGCAACAUUCAAAAUCAUGUCGCACGUUAAGAUCGACUUACAAGGGAAAGUCACAAUUUACAUUGAACAGAUCACAUGAAAAUAACGUCGUUCAAACUUCCUGUGGAGAAAAUUUAGACGACAAUUGUAAGUUGAUUUCUCUACAGCCCGUAGACACACCGGAAUCCGAUGAAACAGAGAAAGAUCUUGUUCAACAUGACAUCAUCGUAUCUAUUCCAUGUACAAAUGUUUACGAUAUUCACAAACUACCUAAGAACUCACUCGUGAAGGACCCGAGAUUUUUUGGGUUUGGUGAUGGCAUUGAGCUCAUGUGCAGUACUCUGCAGGUUUAUAAGUUUUGUCUUCCACAAGGUUCUGAUUACAAUGCGGAUAAACUCGCCGCAAUAUUUUCAAAGUAUACAAAACACCUGCUACGGCCUUGUUUUUCUGGAAAUGUGAGGCAGAAACAAUGUACUCCCAGCCAAAGAAAGUCGCCUUCUAAAUGGUUUGCAAUCGCAUAUAGAGAAGCAAUAUCUCACACGCGUUCGUGUGAUAUUUUAUAUUCAAGAACAUCACAGAAUUUUUAUGAUUUUGAAGUCGAGUUUCGACGCCUGGGUUUGCUGACAUUGGAUUGUUGGAGAGAAUAUUGUAAGCGUUCGUUAUCAAGAAAUUAUUUUCAACCAUCUACUUUCAAUAGUUUAAUGAUUUACUUUCCAUGCAUAUAA